AUGAUACGGUCGAUGAUGGGCGUGCUGGCACGGAUGAUGCCCCACGGUUUUCCUAGUAUAAUACGGGCUCCCAUUUCGAAUAGUGUACCAAUGGCAGCUAAAUAUAGCUUAUUCACCCCCAUUUCAAUGAUGUCCAGUCGUACCUAUGCCACUUUAAAUCAGCUUAAAAGUGGAAAACAAGGAAAACCAGUCAAGCCAUAUGUGUCCAAAGCACCACAUCUAGAUGCCAAUCCGUUCAAAAAAGGGGUGGUGUUACGAGUGAUGAUUGUUAAACCUAAAAAGCCAAACUCGGCUCAGCGAAAAUGCUGUAGAGUUCGUCUAAGUAACGGAAACGUAGUUUCAUGUUUGAUUCCUGGUGAGGGUCACAACCUCCAGGAACAUCAUGUUGUGCUCGUUCGUGGUGGAAGAGUGCAGGAUCUUCCUGGUGUGAAAUAUCGGUUGGUUCGAGGUGCUUACGAUUUGGCUGGAGUGGCCAACAGAGCCACCAGUCGGUCCAAAUACGGAGUGAAGAAGCCCAAGGCUUAG